AUGGUCCCGUCGACUAGUGCUGCUUACGUUAAAGUAAUUGUCUCGUGCCUUGAAUACGAACAUGACUACUGCUAUCUUUCGAAAGUCAUACUUCAGAAGGCUUUAACUUCAACAUGUGAGUCCGCAAGACGCUGGUGUACGCGUUUUCUGUCCGUCUUAGCCUAUCGCCGUCUUCCAAAUUUUGGUGAAUGGGGUUUUCGUCUUCUUCUAGGACAAUUAGGGGACCAAUCAGUAAAGGUCGUUCGCCACGCUAUUCGAAUAUUGCACAUGUGGAUACCGUUUUAUAAAGAUGCGGCUCGUUGGCUGCGAACAGCUCAGCUUGACAAUUUUGGCGAAGCAGGAACGCUUUUGAAGGUGCAUGUUUAUGCAGACGAACAGUCGUGCGAGUUUGACGAAGCUGGAACUCGUGAGGCCGUAGAAUUAUGGCUGGAUUCAUUUGGCGUAAGAUAUGUGGAAGCAAUCGAUGACAAUAUGAGGGAUGCCCUUCUGUCUGUCCGUCGCUCACUGAGUGGAACUUUCUCAAGAACGAGCGGAGACAGACCACAAAAUGUCACUUUUCCUACCCCUGCACAUCUGUUCUACUCGCUUUCCUGUCACGAAUUCGGCCGAAGUCUUCUUUGUGGGAUGAAAGUGAUUGAAACUCUACUUAGCAGUUUCUCUGAAGAGGAAGAUCCGAUGAAAGUUAAGGCCGCGCUGAUGGGACUAGGUCACAUAGGCAGCCACACUGAAGGUUUCAAACUCCUACCUUCACCAGUCGUUCCACAAAUGGUCCGUAUUGCCGAAGAGUUUCCCGUACUCAGUGUACGAGGUUACGCCUUCUGGGCGUUAAAUCUAUUAAGCGCUUCGCUUUCCGGAGCUGCGGCUUUGGCAAGACUUGGAUGGGAAAGCAAUCGCCAUCGUGAAACUCUCGACUACAUGUUGAAAAAAGGCGAUGACGAUGCUGAUACACAACCAAUUCCGUCGCCGUUUUCAUCGAACCCUCAAAUUAUUAUCAGGUCACCUCGCAGUAGGAGUGGAAGUGAAAAUCGUGCGCAGUUUUCGUCUCGACAGCGGUCUUCUAGCGCGGAAAUGUCAAAAUCCACCGAAUCCACACCAAGGAUUGCUUCUUCUUUGCCAAGGGUCCGCCGAACAAGAAGUGCAACAGAUGUCUGUCCAGGGUUUGAUCAAAAGAAAGUUCUACGCCGAGAAAGUGAUGAUGUGCAGCCUCGCUACGAACGAGCAGUGACAGGCGAUUCAGUGUUCACUAGUGGACUUGGAUCUCUUAGUGAGGAUUCUACGGAAGUGGGAAGAAGACAGACUGCUGGAUUGGAUUCGCUGAUAGGUGAAUGGGAAUCUCGCUCCAGAACUUCUACUAUAGCGUAUUGUCUACAUCAAGGAUUAAUUGCAGACAAAAGUCAUCUAGCCAUGCAAGGAACGGUAGCUGAUAUGGUACGUGAUCCUCAUCACUCGAAUGCGGCAAGAGAAAAAUGGAGAUUAGCACCACUAAAAACAAAACGUACGCUAGAAGUUAACCGCAACCUUGCGGAUCCAGCAGUAUACGUGUACAUGACCAAUGAUGAGGAGUUGUCACUGUCUCGCUAUCGUCGUGAGGUGCUAGGAGAUCCAUGGCUUCACGAUGAAUUACUCAGACGGGAGAUGGAGCCAACACCCAGCAUCCAGACCUCUCAUAUGUCUCAUGUUAUUGCUCUUCCUUCCGAAGUGAAUGUUAUUUGCUCAAAUAUUUUCCCUUCACGAUAUGCAGUAUCAGCUAUGGAUUUGAUAGUUAGCGUAUUUUCACCCGAUGCUACUGACGAGUUGGAAGACCGAGGAGCUCGCAGUGGACAUGGACGGAGCCAAAGAAGCGACGCCAGCAUCACGCAUUCUGCAUAUCGCUGUUUCUACUGCAGCUCCAAAGAAAAAAGCGAUUUCGUGCUUCCCCAAGAAGACAUAGCUGGUUUGCGUCAAGAAGUUCUGAACCAGGUGGAUAUGCUGGAAAUUCAGCAAACUACUCCAGAAAAGAAGCUACUUAUGCUCCGGAAACUUCAUCCAUGGUUAUUCGAAUGGCCAUGUCUUUACGCAGAUGUGCUUGAACUGCUCGAUGAAUAUCGCUUCAAGUCAAAAUCGCGGGCUUUUCUUCAGGAGAUAUUUUAUAACGCUUUAAGAAUAUAA